AUCGUUUGUCCCAGACACUCACACCCCACACUUCUUGUUAGGGGUUAUGCAAAAUUGACGAAAUGCGAUAUACAGAUACUACGUCAAUGAUGCACAGAAGUCAUGAGAUCUCACGGAUUAAAGCUCAUUUAAAGUUCAUCUUCCCAGUACAUUAAUGAAUAUUAUCAUUGUUAAACUGAGGUGAAUGGUCUCUGCCGUCUUCUGGGAAUCUUCAAUGUUGCAGGUGUUUCACGGGUAUCAUUUGCUAACACCAUGGAAAUGUACGUUUCUUGGAAAGCGUGCAGGUGUCAGGACAAUGGUUGAUGUGUGUGUGUGAGAACGGUCCUUGAUGUUAUUUCAGAAUCACUCUUUUGCUAACUCCAACAAAAACCUCCACAUAUAUACCUAGGGGUAGACAUUUUGCGGCACAAGUGUUAAUCUGCACGUUAUCGUCAUGUCUUCAACCAAACGCGCCAACAAGUUGACUUUAAAAAAAAGUGCAACGAGUAAGAAGCCUUACAUAAAUGCCUGUGGGGGUGGUGGACGCUCAAUCUUAAAGACCGCCUUAGAAAAACCUACAAAAUUAUCCGAUGGUGAUGUGAUCAACCUCGUCACGGAAGAUGAAGAAGGACAUCGGGAAAGAACAAUAGCUACCACCACCACCACCACAAAUGAACUGGAAGAUUUUCUAAAAGAAUAUGAGGGAAAUUUCAAUCAUGUUUACGCUCCUCCAAUUACAACGAUUCCUCCACCUCCCAUGAGACCACCGGUGAUAGAUCCCAGACAUGGCCAGCAACAACAACAGCAACAACAACAACAGUUAAGCCAGUAUCCAUCAGUACAAAUAUUGGAGCACAUUAUAAUUCCUGCGCCGCUACCCCAGGCAAAUACUCAAACGCAGCCACCAGAAAAUGGUAGCUUUACAUCCACAAAUCCUCGAUGGGGUGGCAUGCAUCAAUUUCCAAAUAAUCCAGCUCAACAACAACAACAACCAAAUUUACCACUACAGCUACCUGUAAAUAACGGCGGCAACAAUCACUUUCAUGCCCCGUUGCCUAGGGGGGAAAAAGAUAUGCAAUUACUAAGAGAAUUUUAUGAAAACGUCUCUCCGCCGUCUUCAGCAGCCAUCGACCAAGAAGAGGCGCCACCACCACCGCCGCCAUCUCAUGAAUCGCCCAGAUGGCGCGAGCCAUCCACACCCCAAGAGCUGGCGAUGUUAUCAAUGGGGUGUCUGGAGAAGAUGCUGACAACUUUCCAGGCCAGACAAAGAAAUUCCCAACUCCAGACGGAGCGUUUAGAACGGGAGUUGGAUGCAUCACGAGUUCAAGAUGAAAACCUGCAUCGAGAGAUGAAAUUUAUUAUAAGUUACAUGGAAUUUUUAAAAAAUAAUUAAUUUUUCUUUUCAAAUUUAACUUCACAUUUGUAAUUAAUAAGUAAAACAUUAAUGUAAUGUACCUAAUUUGUAGAAAAUACAUGGAUUAUUUAAUG